AAACGAUUGGUUUUUUGAGGUUUAAUUUAUUCUAAAAGAAAAAAAAAGCCCGUCAUCAGCCUCAAUUCCAACUUCACAUUCUGAGACAUACCGACAAACAAAAAAUAACAACUCGAGUUCACUGCCUCCGAGUCUGCUACGCUCCCUUUCCUCACCCCCUCCGGUGCACACCGGACCUGGCUUCGCCACUCUCUUCCCCUGUCCAUCCCAAAAAGAAAGCGAAAGGAAACCGAGGCAGCGUGCCGAGACCAGACCGUGACCAAAAAUGGUCAGCCCUGUGGGAAUCUUCUUCAUCGUCCUGGCCGUGCUGCUGGUUGUUGCUGCGGUUGGCUGGAUCGUAUUUACGCAGCUUCGCGCCCGGCGAUUAGGUCUUCCCGCCCCACCACUCUCGUCUUACAUUCCCUUCGUGCGCUCCGAUCCCUCACCUUACGGCGCCCCCCAGUCGUCAUCACGAGGCGUCGGCGGCUGGCUCAGCGACAAGUUUCGCAGCCUCCGCGGCGGCAAUAACCGAUCGGGCCCCGGUGCCUACGAGCGACCCAGCCACCGCGGUUUCGGACCCCUCGACCCGGACGACGCCUGGGACACACGUGUCGGCCACCACGAGACCGAUGGCUACUACGGCGCUGGCGCUGGCGGCCCUAGCGGAUACUACGAGGAGCAGGAAUUAGGAUACCGAGAACCGGGUGGAGGGCAGCAGCAGUCACGAUACAACACUACCGAUAACGGCACCGGCUACGCAGGCGCGAACCUGGCCGCGGCAGAAGAGCAGACUAGGGGCAGAUCCCGAAGCCGCGACCCGCCCGGUGGCAGCAACCGCAAUCCAUUCGAUGACGAGGCCGAACUGAGCAGCACGAGCCUACGCGGCGUGAGCCCGCGACCGAUCGACACCGGCGUCUCCGCUGGUCCUACUACUAGCACGGCGAAGGGAGGAGGCGCGCCUGGAAGCCCAACGUCGGAGCGUCGCUCGAUUUUUAGAGAAGACGUCUAGAUCGAAGAAGAAGAAAUACGAUGAUAUACGAUCCUACUUGUUCCUCUUGUUACUCGCCGUCUCCUCCUAAUGUAUUCUACGCGCGCGCAUGUGCAAAGGGUCUGUCUAUCACAGGUGACGAUUCCUGGGGCGGGGCAAUGGAGCCUACGCUGACGACGACGCGCUCGAGCCUGAACCCGAGAUGGGGUAAACCCCGCCGUCUUCUCACCUACCUACGUACUUUCAAUCCUUUCCUAGACUCCUACCUGUCGCUCCGGAAAAGGAGGAGUCGCAGAUCGCGAAAAGGGAGAGAGAAAAAGACCUUUACAAGGGUCGCGUAGGUCGUUAAGGACGUAGGGACUGGGUGAUGGGGGAGGGGGGGACUAAGCCCCUCGUGCCCUAGAUGCCGAAAGUAAGCGGGCCUAGCAGGCACACAGUCCCAUGUUCCUGUUUGGUUUAAGUCUAGGUUGUCGCAGGAUGCGGUUCUGUCUGGUCUAUUCUAAGAAUCCUCGGAUGAGAGCAGGUUUGAACAAAACCCCCCAAAGAGGGAAGCUAAUGUGCCCGCCCUAUGGAUCGAGCACGCUUCCCAUAUGUUUACCUCAUAGGGGUAGGCUAGGUUAAGGCGUUCUCGGGAUGGAGGUAAAAUAAAAGGUGGGAAGGGAUGGGAUGAGGGAAAGGGGGG